CCGUUCUCUCAUUGCAUUGCAAGCGCGUUUGCUGCUUUUACAGCUGCUCAGGCUGAUUUUGUGUUCUCUUAAUAUUUGCGACCAAUGGAAAGUCGGUAAUAUUCUGACCUGUGCGCUUCAUCGAUGCAUCUCAGCCAUGGGACGUUGGAACAGCCUUCCUCCUUCUGGAGGUUCUGCUCUUCCUUGACCAUGUUCCAAGUCGCAGCAUUGUGCCGUGGCUUUCUUUACACCUUUAACACGACAGAGGUGCAUGGACAAGAAGCGUUUCUGAAACUCCUGGAUGAACGGAGGGACCAUACGAGCAGAACGAGGGGUUUAAUAACUGUUUCGAAUCAUAUUAGCGUUAUGGAUGACCCUUUGAUGUGGGGAACUAUCCCACUGCAUAAUCACUGGGGAUAUCAGUCGUUCAAUCGCAGAUGGGCGUUUGGAAGCCACGAUAUCUGUUUCAGUAAUAGGGUCCUUUCUGCCUUUUUCACGCUUGGUCAAGUCCUUCCGACGCAUAGGCUCUACCAUUCCCCCUACGGUGGCCUCUUCCAGCCUACCGUCACCCAAGCGAUCCGAUUGCUCUCAAAGGGUCCGUUCCCUACAAAUCCCCACACCGCGCCCGCUGAUCUGCAACAAUGGAGCCUGCAGAGUGUCUGCGUCGACCCGUUCUCUGAGGUGCCCAUGGCAUAUACUACCACAAGCCAUGAUUCAUACUUAGCACCGUCAGCAUACGCAUGCAACUCAUAUUCAUGGAUUCAUAUCUUCCCAGAGGGCAUGAUUCAUCAGUCCCCGCCCAAAACCAUGCGGUAUUUCAAAUGGGGCGUAUCGCGGUUGAUCCUCGAAGCGUCACAAUGCCCUGACGUCGUUCCUAUGUGGAUAGAAGGAACGGAUGAAGUUAUGCAUGAGAGUAGGACGUUUCCGCGGUUCCUCCCGAGAAUAAACAAGAAGAUCAGUGUCACUUUUGGAGAAAAAGUUGACGUUGAGGCUGUUUUUGGCGACUUAAGACGACGCUGGCAGAAGAUAAAAGCUGAAGCUGAGAAAGAAAGUGGAUCUGCUCCCCUGGGAGUUCUCAAUGAAGAGCUCAUGUACGGGGAAGAAGCAGUGGAACUGCGGAAAGAAUGCACGAUGAAAGUUCGAGAACUAGUCCUCCAGGUUCGCCGCUCACGAGGAUUACCAGACGAGGAUCCCAAAGCCAGUCUUGCCGAGACUUGGGCACAAGAAGGCCCGAAAAGAGAAGGCAAAAUGGAGGACGACUCUUGGGUUCGAGAUAUUUGAUCGUAUGUAUUUGUAUCUAUCCUGUAUGAUCUGCUGAUAGACGUGUAUACCACUAG